AUGGCUGUGCCAGAAGGAGAAUCGGCAAUGGAUGUCCAGAUGCGGGAGAUGAGGGAGCAGCUUGCGCUACUACGGAAAAACCGCGAGUUCAUCGAGCUGCAGACUCAGCUUGUGCUGGAGAAGCAACGGAAUGCGGAGGAGGAGAAAAAGCUGCAAGACGCAAAGGACAAACUCAAUGCGACUCGAGAGUCAAUCGUAGCGGCUCAGCAGCACACUCAGGCAGUAACUUCAGCUCCUCAAGAUACGAGUAGUAUGGUGGCAGCGUUCAUUGAGUCGGUCAGAAGCCCUGACACUGAGAACCCAUUACCUGUCAACGGACAUACUGAGAGUGCAACUCCGUUCAAGGGCCUCAACAAAAACGGUAAUUGGAUCCAAGCUGGUACUCUUCCUCCACCAGGGAAUGCGUUUCAAACCCCAAAGCCCUCACCCGUGAAUACGCACCAAACUCCAAAGUCUCUGCCUGUGAACAUACCCCAAGCCUCAAAGCCUUUGCCUGCGGACACGCCCCAAGCUCCAACCCCUUCGCCCGCACCCUCAAAGGUGAUACCACGCUAUGAAGUGUGGAAAAAGAAGGUGGAGCAGGAGCGGGCACUGGCGGCCGCGACUGCUGCUUCGAAGAAUGUCAAUGGGGCUGCAACUGCUCCAAAUGGAGCUUCUACCCCUCCGAUGAACCAACCAUCUGGGAAGCGCCCGGGCGAAGGAACUGAUAUGACGCCUGUCAAGAUCCAGAAGCAGAAUCCACCUCCACCCCAGGUGGGCAACCAGCCGCCACAGCCACAGAUAUCGUCGACAUCUGCUUUGUCUGGUGCUGAGAAGAGGCUGGAGCAAAGGCUUCAGCAGUUGCCAAUGGAACAACCUACUGGACAAAUUAUGGAAUCAGUUCCGCCGACUGGGUCCAGAGAGCGAGUGCGCUCGCCACCAAGACACCCAAGAGCACGCUCGCCCUCGAGACCGGGCCGAGGGCGUGAGCGUUCGCCCCCAAGAGCGCCCAGAGAGCGCACACCACCAAAGGCUCCCAGAGCUCAUACACCGGCGCCGCCAAAGCAAAACCAACAUAUUCUACUUGGAUCACCUGUCGCAACUGUACCCUUUCAAAAUCGUCAAGUUCCUCCUGCACCCGCACCUAUUCAGAAUUCUCAAGCCCUUGCUGUGGGAACCCCACCCAAACCAACAGUACCCGUAUACGGGGCAGCCGACUGGCAGGAAUGCAGAAACUUUACUUGUAGCAUAGAAGCCCACUUCCAGAGAUAUCGCACAUUCUACCACAACGAUGAGACGAAGGUCGAAACCGGCAAACUCGUGCUUGCUGCACCACUACUGGAUCGGUGGAACGCAUACACCAUGCAGCUCCCAAGGGCUACCUGGCUCACUUUCUGCACCUUCCUCGUGGAGCUACUUCCACCCGACGGGACUGAGGAGGAGUGCCGUCGCACUUACUCGUCAAUUAAACAGAGACCCACGCAAUCUGUGCGGGACUUUGUUCUCUUCAUGCUCCGAUACCAUAAAUGCUGGACGGGCAACAACCAUAACCGCCUGCGGCACCUCUGGGAUCGGAUUGUCCAACCCCUCAAGAACCACUCAGAGAAGUCAUGGAAGGAUUUUGAGGACUUCCAUGAAUUCGUCGAGUAUUUGGAGGGGGUUGAGGCUUUUAUGAUAGCCCAGGAUAUUCCCUUCGGUGAUGGUAUGACCCCAAAGUCAGCGAGGUCGAAAUCAGUAGGCCCCUCAAAGCGUGGCCGUGGAGGUGGAGAACGCGGUCGCGGCCGUGGAAAGCGUGGCCGUGGUUAA